UGCAUUCGCGUUGUUGCGCAUGUCAACGAAGAGUUCACGAUAUGUCAUACGUAUAUGCAUAUGAUAUGUGAGAUAUGUAUUGAUAUACGUACUUUACAACAUUUUAUAAUCGCAAAUGCGUGGACUAGCGAUUAAUUUGAUUACAUUGUGAUUGAUUAUUUCAAUUGACAAGCUAAACACACAAGAUUAAUGACUGUUGCACAUGGAUAAACUACGCACGAUCAAGUGAAACAGAAAAUAAUAUCGAACAAAAUGAAGCAACAAAUAAUUGAUUCAAAAGCAAAUCUUAAUGCAACUGGAGAAGCCGACGACUGUCUCUUUGAAUAUUUGCAUGCUGAAUUGGUCAAUUAUGUUCUGAGUAAAUCAUCUAACGCUACAGAAGGCGAAGAAGAGCUCUCGCGUCUAGAAUGGAUGGGUUUCAGUGUUGGAUACAGAAUUAUUGAACGAUUAACAAGAGAAUGGAGCAGAUUCAAGGAUGAAUUGGAUAUGAUUAAGUUUAUCUGCACAGAUUUCUGGUCCAGCCUAUAUCACAAGCAAAUUGAUAAUCUCAGAACUAAUCAUCAUGGAGUAUAUGUGCUGCAAGAUAAUGCCUUCAGAUUAUUAGAUAAAGUAGGUACAAGCAACAGUAAACAGUAUCUUAAAGAGAGUCCUCGUCUACUGGCCUUCACUUGUGGUCUACUCAGAGGUAGUUUAGCAAAUCUUGGUAUUAUCAGUACUGUUACAGCAGAGACUACUACAUUACCAAGCUGUAAAUUUCAUGUUCAGGUUCAAAAAUUUAAUAGCUGUUCUAAUGAUUUGAUAAAAGAAUAGAUAUAAACGAUAGAGGUAAAUGUAAAAAGAAAUAUAUAUGAUAAAAUUCCUAGUAUUUAAUUAAAUAUAAGGGAAUGUAAUAGAUAUUUAACAUGUUUUACAUUUUUAUGUUUAGUCAAAUGAAAUCAUUAAUUUUCAGAAAGAGAAAAAUUAUUUAAAUAUAAUUCGUAUAUAUAAAUGAACUACAGAUGUUUUAGUUUCAAAGUACAUUAAAAAAAAUAAUAACAUGUAUUUAUAAUCGUA